AUUUUACUCAGGAGAGAUUAAAUGUAAUGGCGUUAAGUGGACGUGUUUUCCGUCGCGAGGUUGAUAACUAGUUUCCGUGCAGUCGAGUGCAGUUGUGUCGAAAUUCGAGAAACGUGUCGCGAACGCACAAAACUCUGCUCCAAGUAGUGCUCUAAAACGUUUCUAUAGCCACAUUGGCAAAAAAUUGGAAAAUCUGACAAUUGGAGGUUUUCAAUUCAGAGAGGCGAGUUCAGAAGCGAGCAGCUCGGGCAAUCAUGGCGGAAGAAGAUUGGGACGACGUAGAGGCCAUGUUGGAGGCGCCGUACAGAAAAGACACUGAUGGCGAUAAAUCAUCCCCAGGACAACAUAAUCACGAGUCGAGAUCUAAGGAGAAUGGGCGAAAGCAAUAUUCAAGAAGUCGAUCGAAAGAGCGAUCCGCAUCCAGAGAUCGUGGGAAGGAAAAUGAUUAUUAUCGCAACGAUCGUGCAAAAGCACAUGGACCAUCUAGGGAUCGUGAUCGUGAACGAGUCGAGCGCGAACAAGGACGAUAUCGCGAAAAAGAUCCUCGAAAAUCGAGAGAUGGUGACCGUGGUGAUCGCGCUGAUCGUGGCGAGCGUGAACAUGAUCGGGAGCGUGAGCGAGAUCGCGAACGUGAUCGACGUCGAAGCAAGUCGCGUGAUCGAAGACGUAGUCGGUCGCGAGACAAACGACGCAGUCGGUCACGAGACAAGCGUCGCAGUCGUUCACGAGACAGACGUAGAAGUCCGCCGCGUGACAGGAGGCGCAGCCGAUCGAAGGAGCGUCGAGAGAGGUCGGUAGAACGGAAACGAGAGAAGGUUCGCGAGCCUAAACGCAGCCGAUCUAGAGAUAGAAGACGUCGCAGCCCUUCGCCGCGCCCAUUCAGACGGGGCCGAACACCACCAAAUGGUUUGGGAGAUCGAUCUCCACCAGAAGACUUAAGCCCGGAGGAGCGUGACGCUCGAACGGUAUUCUGUAUGCAGCUUUCACAAAGGAUACGGGCUAGAGAUCUUGAAGAGUUCUUCUCUAGUGUGGGCAAGGUGCGGGAUGUUAGGCUCAUCACUUGUAACAAGACAAAACGAUUCAAGGGAAUCGCAUAUAUUGAAUUCAAAGACCCCGAAUCGGUAGCAUUAGCUUUAGGACUGUCCGGUCAAAGACUUCUGGGAAUUCCAAUUUCAGUCCAGCAUACACAGGCAGAGAAAAAUCGAAUGGCCAAUAGCGUCCCCACAUUCACACCAAAAAAUCACACUGGCCCUAUGCGUUUGUACGUUGGCUCAUUGCAUUUUAAUAUUACUGAAGAUAUGCUACGUGGAAUAUUUGAGCCUUUCGGAAAGAUAGACAACAUCCAGUUGAUUAUGGACCAGGAAACAGGACGAUCGAAAGGCUAUGGGUUUAUAACGUACCACAAUGCAGAUGAUGCGAAAAAAGCGCUUGAACAGCUCAAUGGCUUCGAACUCGCUGGCCGUCCAAUGAAAGUAGGCAACGUGACGGAGCGGCUUGAUAUGAAUACGACGUCGUUGGAUACAGACGAAAUGGAUCGUAGUGGAAUUGAUCUAGGAGCGACGGGACGACUGCAGUUGAUGUUUAAACUUGCUGAAGGUGCUGGGUUGGCUGUGCCGCAAGCAGCGGCCAAUGCUCUCCUCGCAACUGCACCUCAACCUGCUCCAGUUCAACAACCACAGCCAGCUCCAACUAUUGCCACACAAUGUUUCAUGCUCUCAAAUAUGUUCGACCCUGCAACCGAGUCCAAUCCCAACUGGGACACUGAAAUCGAAGAUGAUGUGAUUGAUGAAUGUAAAAAGCACGGGGGCAUUCUCCACGUGUAUGUAGACAAAGAAUCACAAGGAAAUGUGUAUGUGAAAUGUCCUAGUAUUGCGACGGCCGUUCUGGCAGUGAAUGCUCUGCAUGGACGAUGGUUCGCUGGUCGAGUCAUCACAGCUGCUUAUGUUCCGUUGGUCAAUUAUCAUACACUGUUCCCCGAUGCAGCGACAGCUACCAGUUUGUUAAAUACAACGAGGAAAUAGUUAUAUUCUGGGAAGUAGAGGUGGAGGGGAAUCGUCGAUUUCGCGGUGACUUCAUUUCAUCUUGUACGUCCAACUGGGGAUGAUUCCUGUCUUUCUUUUGUUAUAUAAAACUUUAAUAUAGAUUUCUCGCACUUUACUAGUUUUUAAAAAACUGUGGUUCUAAAUUGUGCAUCACGCGAGGACUAAAAUAAUGAAUACACAUAUGAUGUAUAACUCACACACGGACUGAUUACUCUCACUGCGUUCUCAAGCACUGGAAGAUUCCUAUAAAAUUUUAAGGCUGUCGUGAAUCAUAGUUCAUCAAUAGUUGUCGUUCAAUACAUGUUUUAGGGGAAACGCAGAUAAAUCCAUGGAAAAACAAUAGAGCAUUCGCGCCAUCGAAGCAAUUCAGUUCAGUGAGUGUAACUUAUGAAGGAACUCUUUGAGUUUAGCCCCAACAUUUAUGUAAACAUUCAAACAGAAUUAAUAUAUAUACAUACAUAUAUUGUAGAAUGGAUAUAGCCGUUUUUUAAAAAUUAAUCUAAUUAGACUUAAGCUAUUGUGUAUAACUUUUUUCACAUCAUUUCUUUCAGUUUAUACGGAAUUGUUAGUUUACAAAAUCUAUUCAUUUUUCGUCUAACAAAAAAUUGAGUUUUUAAAAUCGGG